AAUCCAAGGCAAUCACAGCACAGGACAAAAGUUUUGGAGCAACGAUAUGUAGACGAACAUACGGCGCACUUUGCCCAGCCGAGUUUCUCUGUUCGCCGGUGCGACUGCUUGACUCCUAUUAAUUGUGCCUAAGAGUGAGAUAGGCUGCACUGAGGGGAACAUAAGGAGACGACGGAGGCGCUUCAGCCAGGGAAGAAGUGCCGUGAGAAAGAAACCGUCUCUCUCACACACUCACACACACUUACCACCACAGCCGCGCCCGGAUCACAUCCUACAGCACAGCGCUCUGCUCCCCUGCUAUAGCAUGGCCAGUUCGAGUAAAGCCACUUUAAUCUUGCUCGUCUACGGAAUCUUAAUGCACUACAGCGUCUUCUGCACACCUAUCGGACUAAGUUACCCUAAGAUUAGACUUGAAAACGACGCCUUCGAUGAGGAUGGGAAUGCAUUAUCCGACAUGGGUUUUGAUAGCGAUCAGAUUGCUAUACGAAGCCCACCAUCCUUAAACGACGACGCGUACACUCUCUACUACCCACCAGAGAAGAGACCAGAAAGGCAUGCUGAGGAAGAAUUAGAUAGAGCCUUGAGGGAGAUCCUGGGUCAGUUAACAGCGAGACAUUAUCUGCAUUCUCUGAUGACAAUUCGUGCAGGUGAAGACAACAGCAUGGAGGAAGAGUCAGAGCCCUUAUCCAAAAGACAUUCAGAUGGGAUCUUCACCGACAGCUACAGUCGCUAUAGAAAGCAGAUGGCCGUGCAGAAAUACCUGGCAGCGGUUCUGGGAAGAAGGUACAGACAGAGAGUUAGGAACAAAGGACGCCGGCUUGCCUAUUUGUAGCGUUGUUACAGCGCCCUUAAACUGCCCUCCUGUGUAUAUACAUCCAGUCGUUAAAUCAAAGUCAUUCAGAUAUAUCUGACCAACCAGUGGAUUGCGCCUGUGUUCUUUCAACAUGUAUUUAUGUAUGAAGUAAAGCCAUUAAAAUGAAUAUUUUAAUAAUAAUAUCGUUUUUUUUUCUUUUUGUACAAAAGCACUUGAUACCGCACAGUUAUACUUUGUGGACCAAUAUUUUAUUUUCAUGUUAAGAUGUUGAAAACAAAACAAAAUGACUUAAAAAAAAGAAGAACAAGAAGAAAUUAGAAAAAAAAGAUAAUUGUGCACCUUCAACAUUAUGCGCUUGAAAUCUCUAAAGGUCAUCUACAUAUGCAGAAAAUAAAUAGAUUUUAAAAAGACAAUCAAAGUAUUGAAUGUUAUACUUAUUUUUGUAACCAACGUUCUAUUUUUUUAGUGUUGUUUUUUUUUUUUGUUUUUCCAAAAACAGGCCCAAAGAAGCAGUGAGCAUGCUAUGUGAGGCACAUCCGGCUUAUUCUAAAUGAUAGAUGUUGCCCUUGUCCACCCUCCUCCUCGCUCCCUUAAUGGGAGCUCUGUGGGUUUGCAUAGCUUGCUGCCCCCCUCCAGGGGAAUUCACAUGGCUUUUGUUGAACAGCCUCUCAUUUGAUGGUAGAACUGAUUGACUUACAUGGCCAUUCAUGUAACUGGUGGUAAAAAAAAAAAAAAAGAAGAAGAAGAAAAAUCCUACACAAAUCCGACCCUCUUCUUGAACAGAAAUUUAAUUGCAGGCUUUUGCAAGGGCAUUACUGCCUUCACUAAAGAUCAAGGAAGCCCUCAAGUUGCUGUGAACAGUAUGCGGCAAACACUGCUUGCUCACUUGCCUCAGAGUCAUUUACUGUAGGGAGAUCAAUUAUGCUCGACAGGACUGUGUAAAGAAUGUGUCCAUAUGUGUGUGUAUUAUGUACAGUGCAGAAAUUACACAGUGCACAUAUUCAUCUCAACGUUGUCUGUGUUCAGUCAACAGGAAUUAUUUGGAGGGAUGUGCUUCAACUGUUGAUUGUAUUUGGGCACAAAUAUCCAGAAUGGACCCAGAACAUGUAAAGACGCAGGAAAUUAAGCAUUUUGUUGUGACAAGAGAUGGAGAGGAAAGGUAGCAUCUGAGAUACAGUUAGGGAUAUUUAUCUUAUUUCUUAUUUAUUGGUGCAUGUGGAGACUGACACCUUGCUAAUUUUGCUUAGAAACUGCAUGCCAUUGUGCUUUUUUGGAUUGUGGUGGGCUGUGCUAAGCCUAUUUCAGCACCACUCCCCCCCUCCACACCCUGAAGAUGUGUUGGGAAUGUGAACAAGGAGGGCUAGAGGUGGUGGAAACUGGUACUGCACUGACUUGUUGAAUUUUUACCUCCCCCCCUGCCGCUGUCAUUGUGGAUAUCAUAAGACAAGACACUGGACCCCCUCUUUGCUGAUUGCCUUUGUCCUGGUAGCGGUUUUUAAAUGAUUCUUUUGCUUCUAGAUUGCCGUGCUAAAUAGUUGAUUUGACAGUGCUGUGAUUCAUUGUUAAGACCAAGCUGAUCUGUGUUAGAUGUCUGCCGAGGUUUGUGCAGCGAGGAUGUGAUGAGGGGUGUUAGUGGGAGAGGAGGUGCGCAUGGAGAGGAAGAGCAGGAGACAAAGAGAUAACGUGUGUGUGAGAGAGAAGUUACAUAAGAGACGUGUUACAGCACCCACAAGCCUGAGAGAGGUUGUCGCACCUGGAUACAGGAACAAACACGAGGCGAGAGCGUCCGCCGCCUCUCCUCACCUGCCAGAGUGACAACAGGGUGAAUGAGUCUGAUAGGAAAUAUCAGAUGUUGAAUUCCCUUCACUUUGGUAUCUGCAGAAGGACGAAGAGUGUGCGAGCGAAGCCAGACGGGGCCACUCUGAGUUUCCCUCUCGCACUGGAAUGAAUGAAAAAUUCAUCCCUCCCAGCAGAGGGAUCUUCCCACUGACUUUUAUUGGAGAGAUAUGUAUUUAUUCAAUAUUAUGCAAAUGCAGCUUUAUGCACCCCUGCGAUCCUAUCAGUGGCCUGUGGGUUCCCCCCCUCCAUAGAAACGAUCAACACACUCCUCCAAUUUGGCUUUACUCUACAGGCUUUGUGUGAGUGUGUGCGUGCUGAUGUAGACGUCUGCAAAUCAGUGUGCAUCUGUGUUCACGUGUGAGGGUGUGUAUUCAAUGUUUGUGUGAAUGGGUGACCGACUGAAACGCGCAUGUGGAGGUGGAAACAGCUUUUUGGCUUUGGUGCCUUGCUUCGACGUGAGAAAAAAAUGUAAAAAAAAAUAAUGAAAUAAAAAAUUCGCCACAAGUGACAGAUGGCAAUUUUAGUGGCCCUACAAUGCUGCAGUCCAUUAGCUUACAUUGAAACUUCCUUUUACGCUCAGCUUAGUCUGCCCCAAGAGUAGUAGAAUAAGGCUUUCUUUUAAGGCAUGGCCAAUGAUUUAUCCAGUAUAUUAAAAAAAGAAAAGAUUGUAUAUGUUGAUUGAUGGAGCAGGCAAUGUAUGUGUGUGUGUGUGUGUGUGUGUGUGUGUUUGUGUGUGCAUGAGUUUGGGGUGUUCAGUGUCUGUGAGAGUUGUGAACAAUGACCAGUGUUUGUUACUGUUGAUUAUGAGGUGUUGUUGAUUAUUUUGAUAUUGGUCAGUAAUCUAUGAAUCAGAAAAAUAGCCCCGACAUAUUCUUGACAACUCUGUG